AGUGACGUAUGAACGGCCGAAGAAACGAAAACGAAAGAAAAGCCUCUCUGCGCCGUUGUUAUCUUCUAUAAUUUCUGAAGAAUGGAGACAAACGGCCAGGCUAAUGGGGUUAGAUCUAAAAAGAAAGAGAACGGCGACGUGAAGGACAACUUAUGGUCAGCGAUAUUAGAGGAAGUCCAGAACCAAGGGAACACAAAACUACCUUCAAAUAAAAAUGUGCUUGUCUUGGGUGACAAUGAAACUGGUAAAACCACUCUCAUAGCUAAAUUACAAGGAGUUGAGGACCCAAAGAAGGGGUCAGCACUCGAAUAUGCAUAUAUAGAUGUUAGAGAUGAAUAUAGAGAUGACCAAACUCGACUCAGUGUAUGGGUCCUAGACGGGGAUCCAGGGCACACAAACUUACUCAAGUUUGCUCUCAGCGAGGAGACGUUCCCCCACACACUGGUGAUCCUCACCGUUGCUAUGACAACGCCGUGGGGUAUCCUUGACCAGCUGCAGAGCUGGGCAUCGGUUCUCGGGGACCACAUAGACAAAUUGGAUCUCACACCUGAACAAAGGUUACAAAGUAAAAAACAGCAAGUUCAGAAAUGGCUGAGGUAUACAGAGCCUGGGGACGAGUUGGAACCAACCGCAUCGUCUCCAAUGAAGCGGUCUUCCCGGAACCUCUCGGACGACCUCGACCCUGACGAUGAGGACUCGACCCUCCCUGAGGGCGUCCUCACCACCAACCUCGGCCUCGAUAUUGUUGUUGUCGUCACUAAGACUGACUACAUGAGCACGUUAGAGAAGGAACACGACUACCGCGACGAACACUUCGACUUCAUGCAGCAGUGGAUCCGGCGGUUCUGCCUGCAGUACGGCGCCGCGUUGUUCUACACCAGCGCCAAGGAGGACAAGAACUGCGACCUGCUGUAUAAGUACCUCACGCACAGAAUAUACGCGCUGCCCUUCCGGACGCCUGCGCUGAUCGUCGAGAAGGAUGCUGUGCUUAUUCCGGCAGGAUGGGACAGUAUGAAGAAGAUCAGCAUAUUAUACGAGAACAUGCAGUCGUGUAAGCCGGAUGAUUACUACAGAGAUGUCAUCGUGCAACCUGCGAUACGGAAAAGCGGCGGCAACCGCGAGGCGGAGGUGUCUGCGGAGGAGGAGCAGGCGUUCCUGCAGCGGCACCUGGCGGCGCUGCAGGCGGGCGCGCCCGCCCCGCGCGCCGACAGCCCGCUGCGGGCCGCGCAGCGCGCGCAGCAGCAGCUCGACCCCGCCAAGAUCGGCAUGGCGCCCGGCACGCCCGGGAACGAGGGAGUCCUGGCCAACUUCUUCAACUCCCUGCUGUACAAGAAGACAGGAUCUCCGGGCGGGCGUGCCGCGGAGGCGUCCCCGGCGGCAGCGGCGGCGGCGGCGGCGCGCUCGGACGCGGCCGCCGAGCUGGACCGCCUCACCAGGGCCAAGAGCCGCCCGCCGCCCGCCAUCGACCUCAACUCCUCCUCCGAGUGCUAGCUGGAGGGUUAUACUUGUAGGUACAUUAUUGGUGCGGCUCGCACUAGCUCGGCGCCGAGCGUCGGCCCUGCUGGCUUGUACUUCACGCCGGUCGUCGGUAAGAUACGCCCUUACACAAUAAACUCAGGAGAUAUCACGUUCGUGAAGCCUAGCUCUCAGUUGAGUCGGCAAACUGUCAAUAAACACCAUUAUACUCUGUAAAACGUAAUAUGAUUAAAAUCAGAGCAGGAUAGAGAUAUAGUACAUCGCCUAGCGCGAAAGAGACGACUGAUGUGUCUCGUACUCAUGUGUGUUUUAUAGGGUAUAGAAAGAAUACAUUUCAGUAAACCGUUGUUAGUUUAUGAACGCUCAUUUUGACAUUUAAAUGCAGGUAAAUAAUAAUUAGUUAUGCUGUUAUUUUGCGAAAAAAACGCAUUUAGGACUGAUAACUAUUUUUGUUAAAGCAAUUAAUAUUGUUUUAUAUUUAGCAAUUACUAUUUUUUACUUUCACGAAGUUCUUUUGUGCUAUGAAUGUAUUCAAAAUGAGCGAUUUUGAACUUUAUUAAGCAACAAACACACAAUGUAUUAUCAGUCUCAGAGACAGCGGAUAACGGAAAGAUGGGGACGAUUUGUGUCAUGAAGCGGAAAGGACUGGAACUUACCGCAGUAUGUGUUUUCAAUACAUUGUAACCUUGACGUUUUCAAGGCUUGAGUGAAGCGUUUGCUAAAGUAUAAGAAAUAAUUGCUGUUAAUAAAUUUUAUUUCUUUUGUAUAUUUUUUUGUGUUUUUUUUGGCCUAGCAUAUAGACCUUUGGUCAUUGCUAUAUUGCAACCAGGUCAGGCCUAAAAAUAAGAAAAAAAAAUAUGCCAACAAUAACCAUCAUUAGCGCUUUACAAAUCUGGAAGAUUCGACAGGUCUGAUUUUUUUACAUAAGCGACUACCUUUAUGAUCUUCCAGCCUGCGAAGAGGAAACCAGCCCGAUACAGGUUAAGUCGCAUACCUUCGAAACGCAAUGAAAUUGGCAAAUAAAAGAUAGAACUAAAACUAGCUCUCUCUCUUUCUUGCACUUGUUGUAAGUGAAGGAAGGCACUAGUUUAGGUGUUGUCAAAAGUUAUGUCAGAAACCAUUUUUCAAAAAAAGAAGACAUUGUAAAUUGACUGCGAAUGUUUCUUAGGGUGGUAUUAAUAAACUAAUCUCAACUUUGAGACUGCCCUCAAGAUCAUGUCAAUGUGACAGUUCUCAUAUAAAAACAGGGACUUGAGCAUGAUCUUGAGGGCAGUCUCAGCUGAGUUUAGUUUAUUAAUACCACCCUUACACUUUAAGCAAGCGUGUGCCUUAGGGCACUUGUCAACAGUUGAGAUUGUGGUCAAACUCACUACAUGCAUAAAAAAACCGCUGUUUUUUUUUCUCAGUCGCCGCUGCUUCCUUUAUCCGCUUAACUCUGGUCUCUGGUCUGGUCUGGUCUCUGGCCGUAGGGCUAACGAUUUACAAUUAUAAUAGUUUGUAGGUAAGGGUUUAUUUAUUGAAAGACUAGUACUACGACGCGGCUUUUCACGCCUUGAGAUUCUUCCAAAUGUGUCGCUUAUUGGCUAUUUCACGGUUGACAACUGUAUUUAAUAUUAUGUAAUAUAGAUCGAUAUUGAUAACUUAAUAAAUUCAAUUGUUACGUCACCAUGAAGAUCAUCAUGUCCAUCUUAGGACGUAUCAACCGUGGCAGCAAGUUGUCUUUGAUUACUUAUGGCUCUGCCCAACCCCAUUAGGGUAACGGGUGUGAGGUUAUGUACGUGUGUGCCUAUCUAAUAAAUUCAUAACUCUACAAUAGCAACGAAUACCGACUGCAUUUUUAACAAUAAAAUUAUAUAAUGUCGUUUUUAAUGUAUUUUUUUUUAAUGUAUAUUCUGAGUAAAGGCAGUUUUAAGGCAUCUAAUUUAGAUAGUAUAAACGCCGAGUCAACUUUGAUUUACGAAUAAAUGUUUUUUUUUUUUUUAAGUAUAAUGGAAUACCUAAUGCUCAAUAAUGUCCUUUAUUUCUUGUUUUACAUAGUUUAUUUACAGUUGUCCACCCUAACUAAGGAAUGUAAUGUACGGGUCUUAACAUUUGCCAGUUGGCCAAUCCGACUAGGCAUUAUAUUAAAUAAAUAAUGUUAUAACAUCGGCCGAGUGAUUAAAUAUUAUUGUUAAUUUAGCAUAAACUGAUUUAAAGUGUAUUCUAGGGGCGAAGGGGCAUUUUGGGCUGAGGGUUCUACUAGACAAUAAAAUAGCCCUUAUACGGCUCAGGUUUCACUUCAAUCAAGCGGCGGGGGUUGAAGUAUACUCCAAAACGCUACACUGCGGGUUGGCGCAGAUAUUACGCUAUUAAGCGAAACAGCUUAAAAGAAAUGCAGUUAGAAGCUGGUCUUCUUAUCGUGUGGGGUGCCAGGUGGAAUAUCAGCCUUAUCAACCCUGGUGUCAGGGUUAUGAUUGAGCCACACUUACAUCAGCGGGCUUUGCACCGUAAGCGCGCGACUCUUUCUCGCCUCGACAUACGUCACCCGUCACUCUCUCAAAGUACCGCACAGAAAGAGAUAGAUAGGUGCUGAGCCCGCAGUAAAUAGUAACCGGGACCAACGGGUGCCGGCGGCUGGUAAUUGAUCGUAUUUCAUAACUAUUAUUAAACAGGACGACUCAUCAUCAUCAGCCCAUUAACGUCCCCACUGCUGGGGCACGGGCCUUCCCUAUGGAUGGAUAUCGGGCCUUAAACCACCACGCGGGCCCAGUGCGGAUUGGUGGUUAUUAACGACUGCUAAUGCAGCCGGGACCAACGGCUUCUUCCGAAGCACGGAGGAGCUCGAGAUGAAAACUUUUUUUUUUGUGGUCACCCAUCCUAUGACCGGCCUCUGCGAAAGUUACUUUACUUCAACAAUCGCAGACCGAGCGUGUUUACCGCUGCGCCACCGAGCUCCUCAAUGCGCGGGUGGUCCCAAUGCGCGGAAAGUAUUAGAUCUGUCAAAAUACGCCACCUAGUGUCGUGACUUUCAUUAUCAAUCGAUAUUAGGUCGAUCGAUUAUAUUCUAUCUAAUACUAUGGACUAACUACUAUAACUCAUUGACAGACCUCUAGUAUAUAGUUUGUCCAUGAUCAUAACUCAUAAAAUGACAAUGGAUAACACUAGCUAGUGACGAGAUAUCGUAUAAAUAGUCUAUGUACGUCCUAAUAAAGUUCACACGUCUUUCUCAAUCAAACUGGAGGGAAUUAAAAAUCGUGUACAUUUAAAUAUCAUUAAUUUAAGAGCUGCGCUCUUGUCGGUGUAGCAUUUUCCAUGCUACUUUUUAAGGGAAAAAUAGAACAGUGGUAGGCAAGAGGGAUCUUGCCUUCCGCCUCGCAGUACUAUUGUCUGACGCGAGUAGGAUGGCGCCCAGAGAAUUAUAUUUCAAAACCGUACUAGGACUCCUGUCCUCCGCGUCUAAAUAGUACUGACAGUUACUACUGCGCUCUAUCAGGUUCCAGGUUACAGUCCUGGUGAAUUUAAAUGCUAUCGUAAACAAAAUCACUACAAUUUUGAUUGGUCAAAAAUUACAACUUCUGUCUAUUGAAAUCUUAGCCAAUUACAAGCUUUUUCUACCGGUCAAGAUGGAAACGGAGUUGACCCCCGCCCGUACUCGCAAAAAGAAGUAUUCUAAUCCCAAGACCUAAACUGCCCCCUAUCCUAGCAUAAGAACAACUGUAUCAUACAUUUCCAUUACGCUACUGUAAAAAAAAAACGAAAAGCAAAAAAUACAAUUGUCGUAUUCACUUAAAUACUUGUUUGUAAUUGUUUUACGAUAUUAACUAAGUAUUU